AUGCCCCAAGCGGAGAAGGAGCUGGAGCCACGCAUUGAGGAUCUCGAGAAGCGACUUCGCGGGUCAGGUGGGGCCGUCCAAAGCGACGGCAGCCCGCGGCGACGCCGGGAGUUGAGGGAAGCCAAGGAGGCCAAGGAGGCCCCCGAGUCGCCGUCUGGGACUUCGCUUUCCGAGGCGGCCAGCCGCUGCUUCCAUCGAGGUGAUGCCCCUGUGGUGCCAGGCGAAAUGGCACUGGCGGCCAGGAUCGCAGCGAUGCGGAGCAAGCUGAGGGACGGGCCUUCCACAGAGUCCUGGAAUGAAGACAGCCCAGUCGCUGGCGGCCUCUCCCUUUUUCUGAGUGGGGCUUCCUCACAGGGGCUGACGACGAGACUGGGAUGUUUGCGCCCGGUACCGGAGGGCUCCGAGUCUGAGAGCAAGUCGCCGCCUUUGGUGCCCAGGGAAGGCCCGGAAGUGUGGCCUUCGCCACGUGAGGCCACCACGCAAGCACUGCCGCAGCAGCUCCCAAAGAAGGGCACUCUGGCGCUACACGAACCGGUGGCCGAGCUCCGGCCAUCGCUUGAAAGCGCCGGGGCCGGAGCGUGUGCGGCCGUCGCAACUGAGGUGGCACCGGAGGCACUGUCCGCCGACUACCACCAGAAGAUCUGUAGCAAGGCUCGGGGAAUGUCAUGGGUCCGUGGCCUGGGCUACUGGUAA